CCGCUCUCUCACCGGAUUCUACACAUUGGAUUUUCGGGGAUACCGUUCCCGGCCGGACCGGAUUUCGUUGUGGUGGUUCGAGUUCGAGUGUUUUUUUGUGCUGGUGGCCGUUGGAUAAGGGAUUUAGACGACAGGAACAACUUUAAUUAAACGCCUGAUUAAUUUGCCAUGGUUCAAAGGAUCAUUCCGCCCGGUCGGAAUCCAAGGAUUUUCAAUGGCCCAGAAGUGACAUGAAUUCAUAUCAAUCCAGUCAUCCCGCUACAAUGUUGGUUAAGCUGAAUUGGAUUCUCGUUUUCCUGAUCCCGGUGACGAGAUUAAUAGUGGCAUGUCCGCCCUCUUGCCUAUGCAAGUGGAAAAAUGGCAAACAGACAGUCGAGUGUCUUAAUAAGGAGUUUUUAAUUAUCCCGGAGGGCAUAUCGAGCGCAACGCAGGUCUUGGAAUUCUCAGGCAACAAUCUGCAGACUUUACACGGCGAAAAGUUUCAAAAGCUGGACUUAUUGAAUUUGCAAAGAAUCUAUCUGGCUCGCUGUAAAAUAAGUAACAUCGAGACUCGCCCUUUUAAGGGUCUAUCUAAUUUAGUCGAACUAGAUUUGAGCAGUAAUCUGAUAGAGACAGUUCCCACAGAAUCGUUCCUUGAUUGCCCAUCCCUAAUGAAGUUAACUCUUAGCCAUAAUCCCAUAAAAGCGCUGGGGAAGGCUUCGUUUAAUCAUCUGUCUUUCCUGACCACCCUCGAGCUGAACAACUGUGAAAUACACGAUGUGGACAGAAAUGCUUUCCAAGGUCUGGCUGCGUUAGAAUGGCUCAAUAUGCAGGGCAACGCCAUGAAACAUCUCGACGCCGCAUUGUCCAUGAUUACGACCCUUAAAGGAUUGCAACUGCAGGAGAAUCCGUGGUAUUGCGACUGCCGCAUGAUAAACCUUCACAAUUGGCUCACCUCGUUCACUUAUCCUCAAUCCGUUGAACCCGUUUGCACUGGACCAGCGAAGUUGAAGAACAAAAUUAUUAAGACUAUACCCAUGGGGGACUUGGCAUGUUUACCUGAUGUGACACCCACUACUUUUUUCCUGGAGAUUGAAGAGGGUAAAAAUAUUUCGUUGCUGUGUCAAGUCAAUGCGAUUCCUGAGGCAAAAAUCAACUGGAUUUAUCAAGGACAAUUGAUUCAAAAUGACACAAUUGUUGAGCCAGGCGUUCAUUUGAUUUUUUAUGUGGAACAAGGAGCUGAAGAUAAAAAGAGCGAACUGUUUAUCUACAACGCGAACACCGAUGAUAACGGUACUUUUGUAUGUGCUGCUGAAAACCCAGCUGGUAUUAGUCAGGCAAAUUUUACAAUAAAAGUGGUAGUCAAACAAGAGCCUGUUGUGAGUCAAGCUACGGAAAUACCGUUUGAGUUUAUGAUCAUUGUUAUAUCAGCAGCGGGGUUUUCUUUGUUGCUGUUGAUCUUGGUUCUAAUUUUGUCAAUAAUUAAGUGUCAGAGGAAUACAAGAAUGAGACAAAAACAAGAAAACUCCAAGGCGGCCGUGCGUAAUACAACCAAAGACAAUCUUUUACAAGAUAGUACAGAUGAUUCAGAAGUUAAAGACUGUAGCAAUACAAAAAUGUUAAACCAGCAAGAAGCCAUCUUGUAUAACGUCCAUUGCGUAAACGAAGACAUGUUAACUAUAUCCGCCAACGAACUACGACACGUGGACAGUCUGAACUGUUACCAAGAGCAAAAUCCCGACAUAAUUAACGGUACAGAAUACAUCGGUCAGCACGAACUGUUAGAAAAGAACGUGGUGUUGUCCAAGAAGUGUCCCCUACCAACAAUAAACGAAUACAAAACCACGGAAGCCACCACUUUCGCUCUGCCAACGGACGUCCACCUCAACCCCAUGGGUCUCAUACAAUCGGCGGAUGUGCGAACCCACAAGUUCACCGGCAACUGCUACAAAACCCUUCCCUAUAACAAAAUCAACAAACGACCGAACGCAGCUAAUCCGGCUGGACGUUUCUCCCACGAGGCCGAAUUCCUGAGUCGCACCGCGCAGAACGCGUACGAACAGUACGCGGGCGAUAUCAGGUACACGGCUGACGGAUAUCCCGUCAGGACGAUCGAGAACUACCCGUACUCGCCGUCCGGGUCGCACAAAUCGGUCAGUUCGAAUUCGAACAGUGAGCCGUGUUGUUCGAGUACGGUACAGUGGCCGGCCUGCGUGCCGGGCAAGCCUACCAAGGACGCCGGUGUGGUGAAGAAAAGUGUUGGUGCUCAGACUCAAACGGAGUGUCUAUCGCCGAAGUUUGAUGGAGGUGUUAAGGGUGAGGGUGAUGGUGCCGUUGUUUGCGAGGAUGCAAGGCUGUAAAAGUUGGUCUUCGGUUGUUGAGAACUGUUAGAAUUUUGGAGUUCGAGUGGGGAUUA